GCAGCACGGCGAUUGUCCACGGAGCACUUUGAUUGGCUAAAGCGUAGCUUUGUCCCGAUGGCCAAUAGGAUACCUCAGCCGGAAUCCACCUAUUUACAUAAUCUCGUCUCCCUCGCUUUGGCGCCGCCAGAAACGCGCCAAUCACAGCGCGGCAGAGUCGGAACCUUAAUUUGCUUACAGCCCCUAUAAGUGCAACAGUCGCUUCCGGUAGGCUGGGUCCCACCCCUGCGUUUGCGUUCCUGGAAGUCCUUGCUUCUGGUUUUUGUCUCUAUGCCUGAGCCGGCCAAGUCCGCUCCGGCUCCCAAGAAGGGCUCCAAGAAAGCCGUCACCAAAGCCCAGAAAAAGGAUGGCAAGAAGCGCAAGCGCAGCCGCAAGGAGAGCUAUUCUAUCUACGUGUACAAGGUGCUGAAGCAGGUCCACCCGGACACCGGCAUCUCCUCCAAGGCCAUGGGCAUCAUGAACUCCUUCGUCAACGACAUCUUCGAGCGCAUCGCCGGGGAGGCGUCCCGCCUGGCACAUUACAACAAACGCUCCACCAUCACGUCCCGCGAGAUCCAGACGGCCGUGCGCCUGCUGCUGCCCGGCGAGCUGGCCAAGCACGCCGUGUCCGAGGGCACCAAGGCGGUCACCAAAUACACCAGCUCCAAGUGAGCCCCUGCUGGGACGCGGCGCUCGCGGGAGUUGGAGCUGCCGGCCGCUUGACUCCAAAGGCUCUUUUCAGAGCCACCUAUCUCCUCGCUGAAAGAAGCUGUCCCAUGUUGUCCGUUCCACUUUCUUUUUGG